AUGGGUUCCGAGGUUCCUCCUACCUCCCAGCGCGGCUUUGGUCCGACUAGAGCCGAAGGUCAAUCGGGCCCUUUGCCGGCGGAUAUCUUCAACAGCCUUCUUGCCACCGCUGGCCGAGCAUCACCACUGACGCAAUUCUUUUUUUUCAUGUACCAGAUGCUUGGUUUGCGACUGGGACCAGAUCUAUCAGUUAUCCUGACGUUUCUUGGUGUGUUCUGGGUAAUAAUCAAGAUGGGCAGCCAAGCGUACACUCUGGUUGACGGCUUCAUCGAAAAUCAUUUGAUGCAUAGUGUAGUUGUCCCCCGGGAAGAUGAAAUCUACACUCAUGUCAUGAAGUGGCUGUCCAAGCAGGAACGCGUGGUUAAGGGCUCGUGCCUCGUGGUCCAGACCGUGAAGAACAGCGACCGCGACGACGACGACAACGACGACGACGAGGAUCUUGAAAAUGCAGUCGACUUCACAUCCGGUGAUGAUGAAGACUCCAAGCCUAUCGCCAAAUUGAUACUCGAAGCCACAGAGAUGUACUGCAACGAUAUGAAGAAGAAGACCAUAAUAUAUCGACCCGAGCUUAUGGAACACAUUCACAGAGCCACUUCAUGGAAGGUAGCCACAAUGCGUCCCAAGCGAUCCAUGGCAACAAUUAUGCUUCCCGACGAGACAAAAAAUCUCGUUUUGAAUGACAUGAUAGAAUUCCUAAAACCCCAAACUGCACGUUGGUAUGCUGAUCGUGGUAUCCCCUGGCGCCGAGGAUACCUCUUUUUUGGGCCGCCGGGGACCGGAAAGACGAGUUUUGUCGCUGCGAUAGCCGCACAUCUUGGGCUUGAUGUGCAUAUUCUUGAUCUGACUGAGCCUCAUAUGACGGAUGCAAAUCUUUUGAGACUCUUUCGUACUCUUCCUCCACGGCGCAUCGCUCUGAUAGAAGAUAUUGAUGUAUCGGGUAUACAACGCGAUGGAGAUUCGAAAGGCGCCGAGACGAAUCGAGUGGCAGCCAAUAGGAGAUUCAUGAUCACCGAAAGCUUUUCCUUUAGUGGUCUUUUGAAUGCUAUUGAUGGUAUGGCAGCGGAGGAGGGUCGCAUCCUUAUUAUGACGACAAACAAGCGCGAGUUACUAGAUGAAGCCCUUAGCCGUCCUGGCCGCGUGGAUAUCCAGAUUGAGUUCCAUAACGCCACAAGCCAGCAAUCCGAGGCAUUAUACUGCCAGAUAUAUGGGGAUUUCACUCCCCUGAAGCCAAACAACGGGGCUCUGCCAGCUAAGAAGGGAAUCAAGGAUCAAAAAGACGACAAAGAUGAGAAGCUGGUAGCAAGUGCAGCAUCGCAGAUCGACAAAGUCGCCGUGUCGCCAGAGGAAAUCAAAAGACUUUCAAAGGAAUUCAGCAAAAAGAUUCCAGACUUCUUGUGUUCCCCCGCCGAGAUCCAGGAGUUUCUGCUCUGUCGAAAGAAACAUCCUCAAAAGGCAUUGGAUGAUGUGGAACGUUGGGUGGAGGGGAUGGCCAAGCGAAAGAACUCUGGUUCUAAUCUUCGGAUGGUGCAUUAG